UUCAUGCUUUACUUGAAGAAGCAAGUAACACAAAUCGUCGCUGGCUGCUCAGUAGCCAUAUCUGUAACGGCACAACGACGUCUGUUCUGUUUGAAAUGUCGUAAUGUUACGUUAGCAAUAUACUGGAACAACUGAAAGUUACACCUUAGCAACAGUCGGUGCGUCAGGACCGUAGCAACGACAGACGCUUUUAUUCCCGCAGACAUUUUUUGUAAAGAUCUGGAAAAGUCUAAGUGAUCAACAGGUAUCCACCAUGAAAUUGAAAAUAUCGCUUCUAAAGGAGGCCAAACAUAAGGAACUUGUGAGUUGUGUUGGCUGGACCACAGCCGAUGAGCUGUACUCAUGUAGUGAGGACGACCAGAUUCUUAAGUGGAACCUGCUGACCAAUGAGACCAGUCUGGUUGUCAAAUUGCAGGGUGGUGUUUACCCCACUGAUCUACACUGGUUUCCCAAAACUGGGGGUGGAAAGAAGCAGAAUCAGGCUGACCUCUUUGCGUUUACCAGCACCGAUGGGAAGUUCCACCUGGUUUCCAAGAUGGGGCGCAUUGAGAAGAGUGUUGAAGCCCACAAAGGAGCUGUUUUAGCUGGGAGAUGGAACUAUGAUGGGACUGCUCUCAUCACAGCUGGAGAAGAUGGACAGAUCAAGGUGUGGUCUAAAAGUGGAAUGCUUCGCUCAACCCUAGUAAACCAAGGAUUUCCAGUAUAUUCUGUUGCCUGGGGUCCAGACUCAGAUCGAAUCCUCUACACAGAAGGUGGACAACUGGUCAUCAAGCCUCUGCAACCUAGCUCUAAAGUCAUACAGUGGAAGGCUCACAAAGGCAUUAUUUUGAAGGUGGACUGGAAUUCAGUCAAUAACCUCAUAUUGUCAGGGGGAGAGGACUGCAAAUAUAAGAUAUGGGACAACUAUGGCUCCUUGCUCUACUCCUCAGCAUUCCAUGACUAUUCGGUCACAUCUUUGUCUUGGGCUCCGGAUGGAGAGAUGUUUGCCAUGGGCUCUUUCAACACCCUGCGGCUAUGUGACAAGACUGGAUGGUCUUAUGCAUUGGAGAAGCCCAUCACAGGCAGCGUGUUCAGCCUGGCCUGGUCUGCAGACGGCACGCAGCUGGCUGGGGCCUGUGGCAAUGGCCAUGUCAUCUUUGCCCAUGUGGUGGAGCAGCACUGGGAGUGGAAGAACUUUAAGAUCACCCUCACCAAGCGGAGGACCAUGCAGGUGAGGAAUGUGAUAAAUGACGCAGUGGAUGUGCUGGAAUUCAAAGAUCGUGUCAUCAAGGCCUCACUGGCUUAUGGUCACCUCGUGGUCAUCACCUCAUUGCAGUGUUACGUCUACAAUUGUAGCAACUGGAAUACUCCUCUCAUCUUUGACCUGAAGGUGGGAACGGUCAGCCUCAUCCUGCAAGCAGAGAAACAUUUUCUUCUAGUGGAUGGAGCAGGCUUGUAUACCUUCUCCUAUGAAGGUCGAUUGAUAUCUUCCCCUAAGUUCCCUGGUAUGAGAGCUGACGUCCUCAGUGUCCAGCAUGUCUCUCUGAGCAAUGACACCAUCGCUGUGCGGGAUAAGAGUGACGAGAAAGCCAUAUUUCUCUUUGAUGCCUUGACUGGAAAAUCUAUUGGUGAUGGGAAGCCCUUGACACACAAGGUGGAAGUAAUUGAAAUAGCUCUUGACCAGUGUGGUUCACUCAGUGAAAGGAAGAUUGCCCUGAUAGACAAGAACCGUGACCUCUAUAUAACCUUUGUACAACAGCUCAGACGAGACCCAAAAAUUUGCAAAAUUGGAAGUAUGGUUCACAGUAUGGCGUGGAAUGAUGCAGUAAGCAUUUUGUGUGGUAUCCAAGACAACCAAUUCAGUGUAUGGUACUACCCAGGUGCUGUCUUCACUGACAAGCAGCUGCUACAAAAGACAUUGUACAUAAAAGAUGACAGUGAGUUCAGCCAUCCGCCUCACAUUGUAAGCUACGUGGGCACCAAAGUUAUUCUGCGCCAAGGAGAUGGUUCCCUGGUGUCCAGCACUGUGUCUCCCAACCCUGCCUUCCUUCAUGAAUACAGCGCCUCUGCUCGCUGGGAAGACGCGCUGCGUCUUUGCUACUUUGCUAAGGACCGGUGUUUAUGGGCAUGUCUUGCUGGCAUGGCGAUGGCCAACAGGGAGCUGACCACUGCACAGGCUGCUUAUGCUGCCAUUGGAGAGUUACCUAGGGUGAAGUAUAUCAACUUCAUAAAGGAACAGCCAUCGAGGGAGUCAUCUUUGGCUCGCAUGCUGCUGUUCAGUGGUCAAGUUCAGGAGGCUGAGACUACUCUGUUACAAGCUGGUCUCGUCUAUCAGGCCAUACAAGUCAACAUUGACCUUUUCAGUUGGGAAAGGGCUUUAGAGCUAGCAGUCAAACACAAGACCCACGUUGACACCGUGCUGGCCUACAGGGAGAGGUUUUUACGGCAGUUUGACAGGAAGGAGACAAAUAAGAGGUUCCUGCAGUAUGCUGCUGGGGUUGAGGUUGACUGGGAGAAAAUCCAGGCAAAGAUAGAAGCGGAGUUGUCUAAGGAACGAGAGAGAGCUGCUAACGCCCGUGUCAGGAGCAAUCUGUCCUCACGACACUAAUGUUUAGGCGACCUUUGUCGAAAUUAGCUUUGCAGAAAUUGAUUUCGAUGUGCUUCUGAUAUUUGGUGGUUUUUAGGUGGAUUAGCACAGUCUCAGGGUACUGAAACACUUUAAAUUCAGUUGGUGUAGUAGCCACCAAUACUUCCAAGUACUUUAGCAUAAAAUAAAAACAAAGCCCCUUUACUAUUUACACCACAUUUUGUGAAUUGCCUGUCAGCUGUACAUUCUGAUGCUUUGUGGGAAAAUAACACAGUUUGUUUGUGUUUGGAUGUUUGGCAGUUUUUUCGAUGUGGUCUGUGAAGUCAUGUAUGGUUUAAAGCAUUCUGAGCCUGGUAGUGACAGAUGAUGUGCAUACUGUAUAAUCCACUUAUACUGAUGGCACAGAUUUUUUUCUUGUGUUUUGAUUACUUGUGCGGUUCUCCAAUAGAUUUGGAUUUUUUUCUUGUUUGUUUUUGUCUGUUUCUGUUUCUUAUUUUGCCAUCACAAAGUGCCACUUUAGUUUGCGUCUCACCUCAGCUCUGUCCCCUCGGUUCUGUUUUGUUCGCUUGGCUGUACUGCUGUUUGUUAUCCUGUAAUUGCCAACAUCUACUACUAUAAGCAACAGGUUCAUCAUUGUGUCCCACAGCAGGUUGUACUCACGGUUCUUGAAAUGGAGCAAUAUCUCCAACAGAUGGACAUUUACCAUUAAUGAAGGUACAAUAGAAUUUUUUCCAAGUACCAUAUAGAGACAGUUCAAUCCAAACUGUGGGAGCUGCAACUGAGAAAGCUCAGUCUCCCCUAGUUUUUAGUCAUGUUUUAGAGACGACUAAGAGCAGCUGAUGGAACGUAUGGCUUCAAUAGGUCACAUAUGUAGGUUAGAUGUGGAACUCAACUUCACAACUCAACUUGUAAAGUUGAGUUCAACAUCCAAAACUUGUAAGAGUUCUUUAUGUUAAAGAGAGGUAGCAAGUGGACGUAACUAAACAUGCUACAAUGUUUUAGAGUGCAGCAACUCUCUGGUGCACAAGGGAUUAUGGGAUAUCUCAAUAGGGUGACUUGUGGUACUUUAAACUGAAAGUAAAAACUCGUGAAACUGAAAUAACAACAACAAAAUGCCAUUUUUUCGCAAAAGUUGCUGUUGAAUUAAAUUCUCAUCAUAUCAACACAACACAUUUCUUUUGAAUGUUUGAUAUACCCACAACAUGAAAUGGAAUGGUAACACAUCAUUCAGUAAUAUUUUCCUAUGCAUAAAGACAGUGUCCGACACCCCCUGUAAAGUUACUGUAACUUGUGUGUUGGUUUUUACAAUGCGUGUGAUCGGUGAUCCACUUAUAUUGAGACAUUCUGAGCGGAAAACUGCGAUUGAGAUUCACAAAUAUGUUGGUCUAUUCACACUCCCAUCCAGUAGAUGGCAGUGUUCUAUUUCCCAUAAUGCAUUUUGGCAAGUGUGUCUGUUAAAGCUCAAACCUUAAGAAUUAGCAUAUCACUUUAGAAAAUAUGCACAAUAUCAUAUUUUCACUUUGUAAAAGUGACAGAAUUGCUGUUAAUGUU